AUGCCAAUUAACCGAUGUUAUUCUUGCAUGUCACCAUUGUAUGAAGAGUUUUUCAAGAAUAACAUUAUGUCUAGAUUUUUCUUUGAACCAAAGAAUUUCACAUCACAAUGUGAUGAUCCAAUGCAGCCUUAUAACGUAGGCCUUGUGCCGUGUAGAUCAAUUUGUCUCAUCUUAACUCAGGAUUUUGUUGUUAUGGGAAGGAAGACGGGCAAAAAAUUAACAAUUCGUGGUUGCUCAUCAUCAAUAAACCGAUAUGGUUUUUACAAUCGAACAAUGACAUUAUUUGAUAGGUAUGACAUUUGUCGUGAUGUAAAGGCAUCGGAUUUGUUUCGUUAUGAGACCGAUUCACAACUUGUACGAGUUUGUUCUUGUCUAGGCGAUCGCUGUAAUGCUAGUAUUAAUCGGGCAACAAAUGCAGUGCAUGCACUUGCCUUUCUAUCUUUAUUCAUUAUGCUUUUAUGA